CCAGUUCAGGGUGUCGUCUGACCCUAACCAGGAUAAGCGGUGUUGAAAAUGGAUGGAGGAAAAACAAAUCGUAAAAAAUAAGGCAAAUCAAAACCAAGGUUCCGCUGUAUCUGCGUUCAAAUGUAGGGAGUAAAAGUAAAAGGUCAUCAGAAAAUGAAAUAGUCAAGUACAAAUGCCUGAAAAAUCCACUAAAGUGCAGUCAUGAAGUAUUUGUACUUGCUUAUUUCCCACCACAGCUCACAGAGCUGGUUUUGCCCCUCUAGAAGGCUUCUAUAAUAGAAAUGUCUGUCACACUCCCAUCACUUAUGGAAGUGUCCAUCAUUCCCGAGUCCCCCUCCCCAUCACCCCCUUGUCCCUAAUCCCAGAGGCAGUGGGGAUGCGUGGUGACGAUGGGAAGUGGCUUUCUUUGUAUUUCCCGUCCAAAGUCAAUCAACGCGAUGAGAGGGAAACACGAGAGGAGACUUUGAAACAAGUCAUGUUCUUAAAGAUGGCUUUGAAAUACGGACCGCUCGAUCACAAUUCUGACACCAAUUGUUGUGAGGCCGCUCAGUCUUUGGAUCCCCCUUCUGGUACCUAUUGUUGUGGCAAUAUUAUGUUCGAUUGAUUUUCGAAAGGUUCGCCAUGAAAACAACGGGCCAAAACUUGAUGGCGCAUACGAACAGAUGUGGAAGCUCAUCUACCAACCGUAUUGCAUCUGCCAAAUUGCCACGCAGUUCAUUUUGCGCCAUGUGGGAGGAGUAUAUCGUUAACCUAUUAUCAUAAUUGCCAAGUCAUUUUUGGAAUGUCCAGAUUUGACCUUUGCCAUGACCUGGAUCACAGUGGUAUUUUUUAUUGAUAUUUUGAGAGUAAAUUGAAAAUGACUUCAACUGUGAUGCCAUUUGGCUAACGAUCUGCAAAUAGAUGGAUUCGGCCUGCGUAAUGUGAUUUAUGGAUCCCCUCUUCUAACACCAAAUGUUGUGGCAUCAUUUGUGUAUGUUACUGUAGUCAACACUGAGAAACGCCGAGAGUUGUCUUCAAUGUUUUGUGCGGCUAGUCAAGGCCUGGAUUCCCACUUUGGGGAAUCACCAACAAUUGUCUUUACCUUGUUCUUGGGGGCUGCUCAACCCCUUGGCUGCCACUUCUGACGCCAAUUUCUGUGGAAGUAUGUCAGCUGACACAGAGAAGAAAAAAACCAAGCGAUAUUUAACGUUCAAAAGCACACCGUGACAAACCAAACUGGACCGUACCGAGCCGUUUCCGUAGCAACAGCCCUUUAAGAUCCUCGGCGGAGGUAAUCAGAUUACAGCAGUAGCGAGGGGGCGAGCUCGGCAAGGAGGAGACGGGGAUGGAGCGGAGGAUGUCGAGAAGGACGCAAAUGAGAAGACCAAGGCGCUGAAAAUUCUCCGGCAGUGCCUUUCAACUCCUCUUUCAAGCUUUUAAGCAGGCAGAGCGACAGGUCGCCGUUGUGGCAGCUGGCAACGAAAAGAACAUCUGGGAAGCGCUCACGUCCAUAGAUUGUGACAUGGAAUACUUGAAUUACUAACAUGCAGUUUUAAAACAAGGAGCACAAGUCAACAUCUCAAAAUAUGUUACUAUAGCUAUGGAGCAUAUUUGUCUACCUAUUCAAAGUGAGUAACAGUAUUUUAUGGAUUUUUUUUUAUCAACAGGAGAAUGUUUCACUUUCCAACAUUUGACAGCUAAAUGUUUUCUGUUUGAUAUGCUUUGGACACCAGCAUGACGAUUUUCUUUUGUUUGAUUUGGUUUUACAUUUUUAUUUAGAAUUCAAUUUGUUUCAUUAUUUUUUUUAUUAUUUGUUCAGAUUUUUUAAUUUAAUAAAAUGUUAUUGUUAAUUUCCUUUAUUGUUUUUACAUUAUUCUUGUCAGUAAUGAAUGUAUUUUUUUUCAUAAUCAUUGUUUAUCUUUUGGCAGCACGGUGGACGACUGGUUAGAGCGUCAGCCUCACAGUUCUGAGGACCGGGGUUCAAUCCCCGACCCCGCCUGUGUGGAGUUUGCAUGUUCUCCCCGUGCCUGCGUGGGUUUUCUCCGGGCACUCCGGUUUCCUCGCACAUCCCCCCAAAAAACAUGCAUGGGAUCCAGUCCAUACCAGAAUUUUGAGGAUGAGAAAGCACGAGAGGAAGUGCUCGUUCAAUCAAAACGGAUUAGGGCCGUUAAAGACAUGAGGACGGACCAAUCGGGACCGCAUUUCACCUCUAAUUAACAACCUGGAAGUAGUUGAAGCCUCCAUUCUUCUUCCAUUCUGUUCACUUGCUUCCUGUUCCUGUGACUUUCUCCAAUGGAUAGCGUGGCGACAAUUUACCAGGCCCAACGGCCAAAACAGAACGCCAGCGGGGGGGUUUCGCCCGCCAUCGGCUCGCUCCUGGGCUGGCUCGCCCUGCUGUCCGUCGUGCGGUUGCCGGCGGCGAUGGCCGACUGUUGGCUCAUCGAGGGUGAAAAGGGCUUUGUGUGGUUGGCUAUUUGUAGCAUGAACCAGCCACCCUACGAGGCCAUCCCAGCUCACAUCAACAGCACCAUAGUGGAUCUGAGGCUGAACGAGAACAAGAUCCGCUCGGUACACUACUCUUCGCUCAGCCGCUUUGGCAACCUCACUUACCUGAACCUCACCAAGAACGACAUCAGCUACGUGGAAGACGGAGCCUUCUCGGCGCAGUUCAACCUGCAGGUUCUCCAGAUGGGCUUCAACAAGAUGAGGAACCUGACGGAGGGAAUGCUGCGAGGCCUGGGCAAGCUGCAGUACCUUUACCUGCAGGCCAACCUCAUUGAGACCGUCACGCCCAACACCUUCUGGGAGUGCCCCAACAUCGAGAACAUUGACCUAUCCAUGAACAGGAUCCAGGUGUUGGAUGGUAGUUUGUUCUCAGGGCUCGCCAAGCUGACCACAUGCGAGCUGUACACCAACCCUUUCAACUGCUCCUGUGAGCUUCUGCCAUUCCUGCGCUGGCUCGCCGCCUUCCCCAACCGAACCAGCGAACGUAUGGUGUGCGACUCCCCUCACGGCUUCUCCGGCUACAACCUGUUGAGCCCCAACCCCCGUGCGCCAGCCCAACGCAAUGCGCUGCACGUGCUUGGCCUCGUGUGCACCGAGGACGGCAGCAACUCCACUGCCUUCUACAUCAACGGCCUGCUAGAUGCCACCACGCUAUCGCCAGACUUCUCCCCAUGCGGAUUGGAUGACUGCGCAUCUGGAACGCCACCCGAUGAGGUCAUAUACCACACAAUCUUCACUGAGAUCAAUCCCAUCAUGACGCUGAAGCAGGUGCUGCACUCCAGCGCCGUUAUCACGGUAGAGAUUCCACACCCGUACCGGAAGAUGUACAUUCUGAUGCUGUAUAACAACAGCUUCUUCACCGACAUCCAGAACCUUAAGUACCAGAGGCAGGACAUCGAGCUGACUAACCUGAAAGCUAACACGGACUAUACGUACUGUGUGGCCUCCAUACGCAACUCCCUGCGUUUCAACCACACCUGUUUGACCAUCUCCACGGGUCGUGGGGCCAGACCGGAAAGGAUCGCCAAUCAGUCGUCGGCCACCCACUACAUCAUGACCAUCCUUGGCUGCCUGUUUGGAAUGCUGCUCUUCCUGGGCCUGGUGGUCCACUGCCUGAGACGGAAGAGGAUCACGGAGGAGAAGGAGCGCAAAAUGAGCCGAAUCCAGAGGACCCUAAUAGAGCUUAAGUAUGGCGACGAAGGGGAUAUCGAGGGCGGUAGUGGUCCUGCUUCUCAGAAGCUUCCCCCCGGCGGGGACAGUCUGUCCCGGAUGCCCUACCUGUCUCAGGGCACCGACAUAGAUCCUUACCAGCUACAGGAGGUGGUAGAGACGCAGGCGCACAAGCCCGCCAAGCUCAACUAUAUGGAGGUGCGUGGGUCUGGUGUGGACAGGGAGCAGGAGAUGUCACCCCAGGCCAACCCCCAGGGUUCCGUGGCCGAGAUCUCCACCAUCGCCAAGGAAGUGGACAAGGUCAACCAGAUCAUCAACAACUGCAUUGAUGCCCUCAAAUCAGAGUCUACCUCCUUCCAGCAGGGCAUCAAGUCCCCUUCCUCAGCUGGUGGGGGAUCCGUGUCUACCGCUGAGCCACAGCUGGUGCUCCUGUCCGAGCAAGGAGGAGACCGAGGUGGCGAGUUCCUCUCCCCGGUCUACAAGGGGGGCCGAGGGUACCACCAUUCCCUGCAGCGGCAUCAUAGCAUGGAAGCCCCAGUGACGUCCAAGAGGCCCAGCACCUCCUCGUCCCCCGGCUCAGCCCGUAGUCCCCGUUCGUUCCACUCAGAAGGGGCCUACCACUCCUCAGAGACUCGAUACAUUGAGAGGAGCUCACCCAGUGACCGGACUGGCGAGGAGCCGGUCCGUACGGUAAACCCGGCUGCCGCCAUUCUGCGAGCUGAGGCCCAGAGAAUCCGGCAGUACCACGAGCACCGCCAUUCGUACCCUGGCUCCCAGGAACUGCAGCACCACCCACAGAUUAUGCAGGAGCUCCACUACCACCCCGGUGGGCGUAAGCCCUCCGUCCUGGACCCACUUACCCUCGGCCGGCAGGCCAAACAGAGGGAGCUGGCCUACUCCCAGCUGGCCCCCCACUAUGCUCUAUCCCCCCAGUACCACAACCUCAGCUACUGCUCCAGCCCGGAGGAGGAAGAGGAGGAGGAAGAGGAGGAAGGGCUCCUGUGCACCCCCACCUUGGGCCUGUGGGAGCGCUUCAAGCUGCACCGGAAGAGGCACCGGCAGGCGUCCAUGGAGGACGAAGGCUAUGUGGCAGCUGGGCAUGCGCUGCGCCGCAAGGUCCAGUUCGCCAAGGAUGAAGAUCUGCACGACAUUUUGGACUAUUGGAAGGGGGUGUCAGCCCAGCAGAAGGCCUGAGGAACAGCAACAACAACAAUGUGGAAGACCUGUAAAUACCAAACACAAAAAAAACCCAUAACCUGGAGCUGAAAAAUCAAAAACACAUAGGAGCAAGUGUUAUACUUAACACAUAAAUCGUAAUUUAGAGAUUGAUUUUUUUCUAAUCUAAUGGAACUCAUAGCUCAAACUUAUGUAGCUGUUUCUACAUUUUCAUCAGGGAGGGAGAAAAGGUCGGCACCCCGUCUGGAAAUCUCUGCUUUUUAGGAUGGUUUGUCUUCUUUUUUUGGAAACCAAAAAGAGACAGGAAGUGACUGAGGUUUUGAGGGACAUUUUAAGAGAUCUGAGACAAUUGGAAUUUUCUUCAGGACGGGUCACCAGGCAAUGCUCGUGCCACCUUUCCCCUGCUCAGUCCCCACAUGCGACUCACUAUUGAUGCGUUUCCACUGGAAAAAAAACGGUUACUAUUUCUAGUACCUGGCUACUCCACGGAAGCCACCUCUGAUCUCAAGCAGAUUCGUCAUCACCCCAUACAGUUGCCACAGCUGUAUUAAACUCCACAGUGUCCAGCUUGCUGCAGCGGCCUUCGCUUUUCUCUUGGAUAAAAUUAGUCUUUAUUUUUCUGGUACCCUGUUUCCACGUAAGCCAAGCUGGUGGCUUUUUGGUUUGGCAGAUUCACCAUAAACGUGUCCACGACUAACGUUAGCGUAGCCUGUUUCCAUAGGCCUGCAGUAUUUUACUCCACGGUUUCCUUUUGCUGCAGCACCCCUGAAGCCCCUCUUAGAUGAAAUGAGUCAUCAUUUCUAUGACCGCAGGUUCCACGUUAAUAAAGUAGCCGGUCGCUCUUUGUUUGAGCAAAUUCAUCCAAACUAGAAAUGAGUAACACACUAAGAGUAUGAAACUCCACAGUCCCCAGUGUGUUGCAUUAGCCCUUUUUCUCGCAACCUUGAAUAAAAUAAAUCUCCUAUAUUGAGGACCCUUGCUCUCAUUAACGUAACCUGUUGCCACAGUAUUAAGCUCUACAGUAGCCCAUUUACCUCUUGCCCUUAGUCUCCUCUUGGAUAAAGACUACUCAGCACUAGUUGCAGUAGAAAAAGAACCACCUCAAGCACAUGCCAACAUUAGCGUAGCCUGAUAUCAUGCCUGCAGUAUUGAACUCCGCAAUCGUCAAUUCUCCACAGUCUCCUCUUGGAUAAAAUGUUUCUCCUUACUGUGGCCAAAUAGGGGUGACCCUCGUUCUGGAGACUACGGAACACUCUUUUCAGUGGAAACGCAACCACCUCAAACCUGCGGUGCUGGUAAUACGCAGCAGGAAAGGGGCAACAUCUACAAGUGUGACAGCGAGCCAAACUCUCCUUGUGGCUUCUCCUCGCUAAACGGUUUUAUAUACACAAUUUACAGAUUUUAAAAAAUGACAAUAUAUUAUUAUUAUCAUCGUUAUUAACAAUAUGGAUUAUCCUUCUUAUCUUCUUACAGUUCCCUAUGAUCUUCCUCGUUUAUGUAAAUGUGGCAUGGGACACAAGCGCUCACCCUUUCUACCGGGAGGACGACAACAAGGGUCAGUGAGGCUGUGAAACAAGGUUCCAGAACGUACUAUAUAUUUGCAACUGAGGUUCAGACUUUUCCUCCAACCCAGAGUUAGUUACUUAGCUCAAGUAUUUUUUUUAUUUCUAAAAACAAACAAACAAAAAAAAAAUCAAAUGAAUGUCUUGAAUUCCCGCAAAAAAAAGACCAAAAAAAAAAACGUGGGAAAAACUGCACUGUUAAAAAAAAAUCGAAAACUUUUAAGGGGCAAAAAAGAGCUUAUAGAACUCUUUGGGAGGAAAAUGCCGUAGCUUCACUGUGUCUCAUCGCAACAGCGUCGUCCAGUUUGGAACUGGGUUUCUUUUUUUGUCUUUUCUUUUUCUUGAUCUCUUUUUUGACUGUGGUGCCAUUGUGCCAAACGUGGCAAAUCACAACAAUUUUACACACACACGCUUCCUUCCUCCUUCUUCUCUUCUUUAUACCAACAUCGACGAUUUGCCAACCGACAGAUUUGCACAAGAAGGCGUCACCUUUUCAAGCCGCCCACCAUUUUCAAGACCAAAGUACUGUGCCAAACAAAUUGACAAACCCUCGCAGACCCCCACACACACAAACACACAGUGAACAAACUUUACAUACUCAGCCGCAAACGCAGGUGAAUGUAUUCUUUGCAAACAGCUGAAUUGAACAAGUUUUUCGAUAAUAAAAGGGCCCGAAUCGUCCUCUUCGACUCACUCUAUUGAGCAUUUAUGAUCAUCAGUUUAAACUUUUUUAAGAAAAAUAUAUAUUUUUUUCUCUUUCCUGGCGGGAGAAAUGGUGUUGUAGGAAUGUAAAAGUUGUGUUAAAAGUGAUAUGUCAAGGGGGGGGGGGGGGGGGGAAAGUUUGGUCCAAAAACUGCUAAAAUAUCAAAUGUGCAUGUUCUCAUGAGAAUUUGGUUGUAUGCGCUACGUACGGAAACACAAAGCAAAUGAGGAAUGAAUUUCACACAUUGAAAAAAAGCUGAUAAAACAAUCAACAAACAAACAAUCUUCAUAUAAUUCAACGUAUCUCACCUUCUAGUGUUGGUGUAAGGUUUGGUGUCAUUGUUCUUGUUCAUUUGGGGGUUCUGGCUACAGUUAUGAAUGGCUUUAAGGUUUUCGUUGGGUUUGGGCUUGGUUGGGUUGGGUAAUGCUGGCGUUGAGGUUCUUGUUAGGGGGAGACUUUAGAACCGGAUUUUCUUACAGUUUUUGUCUUCUUUCAACACAGUUGACAUUAGGUGUUCCACAAGUAGUGUACUUCAAAGUAUUGUAUUUUCUAAUCAUUCAAAAAAGAUCGUUUCAAUGAGAUCCGAAAUGCUAUGAAAUGACUCCGAGUAUCGUUUUUCAAUCUACCGUUUGUGCGUUCCGCUUGACUAAUCGUACCACGUGCAACUCAAUUCUCAUGAGAACGCAAAAAAGAAAGGUUUUAUGUCAAAAGGAAAGAAAUUGUGUAUUUUUCUGCAUCACAAAGUGCAGUCGAAGGCAGUGACAGCCGGAUUGUGGCUUCUACUCAACAGCAGCCUUAAAAAAUAAUCACUUUUCUUGUUUCUCUUGCUUUCCAAACUGAAAACUUGCUUUCUUCCUCUCGUUUACUGACUGCCGUUUUAUAACCGGAGAGAUAAUAUUGUCAAUGUAGCUAUGUUGUAUUACCAUAUGCUUUUUGGUUGGACUCGUUUUCUCCGAGGUAAUAAGUGACUCUGUACUUUUGGAGAAUGGGAACGCCUUGAAAGUGGGAUGCAGCAGUUCUCGUUUUGAUGUUAGGCAUACAUACUGUACGCCAGGAAUUCCUUGGCGAAGAGAUGGAAAUUAGUCAUGCUUUUGUUCUUUCUUUUUUUCUUUCUUUCUUUCUUACUUUCUUUCUUGUCAAACGAUUAAAAGAGCACAAUAAAAAUAUGAAUUUAUUUCA